AGCAGUGGGUUCGAAGUUAAAAAGAUCGGUCAAGUCCUGUCAAAGGAUUAUCAGUGUCGCUGGCAGAUGAUGACCAAAUGCUUUCAGGUCACACUUGAGUCCUUUGGAUGGGGAGACAACCAAAAGGAGCGCAUAGACGCGCUUGCCUCUGUGCCUCCUCUUGAGUUCCUCGCCCACUCCUCCCGAGGGUCUCUGUCUCGUCUGCUUGCUGCCAGAGAGGAUCAGUCCUUCAUUGAGCCCAUCAAGGCUGGAAAAAGCACUGCCUUGUACAAGUACAACUGUAAACACCUGACCACCAAGUCCGAGAGUAUGAUUGAAGGUGUGCUCGGCUCUGAUUGCAGAUGGUUUCUAAUAUUUUUUUGGUUUUACUAGAUACGGAUGGGCAGUGUACCCGAGAGAGGAGGACGACCGGGGGAAAUUGAUGUGCCUAUGCCAGUGUGGGGAGAGCGAAGCGCGAAAGGGAACCGAGGGGGUCGAGGAGGUGGACACCAUCAUCGGCGUAAAUUUCCAGAUAAGAAAGGGAAAAACCUGUAACAUGUCUUUCUCUUUAGUUCAAAUUAAGGAAUAAGUGAUCAUUUUACUUUAUUUAAAUACUUCAAACAAAAUGUGGCCAUGGAUCGCCACAUGGGAUUUCAUUUUAUAGUUAUAAAUGUGUGUACACUUUUUUGUUAUAACACAUAAACACACCUGACAUGUACAUUUUUAAAACAGCUUGUCAUUGCUCUAAUGUACUGGUAUGUAGAAAUAUAUUUUUGCUCUGUUUAUCAAAGAAUAAAAUAAAACUAACAUGUUCUUCUUUUACACGUUGGCUUUGCACAUUUGCAAAAGAAGCUCAAACCAUUUCCAUGAA